AUGAGGCAGCAAGCCUGUGUGGCUGGAAAAGCCCAGGUGAGGCAGCAAGCUGUGUGGCUGAAAGCCCAGGUGGAUGCGAGUGCUGCUUGCAGAAUGAACCCGCUAGCUGCCCUGGGCAUGGACCGUAGCAGCCUGAUGAGGGAGAGCCUCCGCGUCCACGGAGGGAUGGUCUACCCMGGCAUCCGCACCCUGUCCGCCUCCCAAAAAGCCAGGGAGGGGGUCUCCUCCUUGCCCCUGGGCUACGACCUUGUCUACAAACCCGAAGGSUUAACCUUGGAAGGCAGGAAGCCUGGUAACGGUUACGUGGGUCUGUAUAAGAGCUCUCCCCCCGGGUUGCAGAGGCCUGGUGGAGGAGGGGAGGGCCUGGGGAUGGAGCGGCGUGUGGGGCCUGGAGAUAAACCCUCUGAGCUGGGCCUCAACGGCAGCAACGGUUUCCUGCGACUGCCCUGGGCAGUAAACCCGUACGCUGACCCCGGACUGUACCCCUUCCUGGACUCCUCCAAAUACGCAGCCCUCAACAUGUACAAGGCCUCGUUCCUGUCCCAGCCCUCACCCUACCUGCCCCAGCACCUGGCCUACCAGUCCCUGUGUGGAGGGGCGGGGGGUAGCGCUGCUGGGGCAGAGCGCCUCUUCUACAUGCCCACGUACCCCCCGGCCCCCAUCUCCUCCCCCCUGGCCCCUCCUAUGAGGAUCCCCAUGGCCACGGUGGUCCCCAACACCCUCUCCCCGAUCCAGGGCCUGGGGCCCCGGAUCCACCACGAGGCCUCCACCUACGGGUCCCAGCUUCACCAGCAGCACCAGGCCCACCAGCAGUCCCAACCCCAUCACCAGUCACAUAGUGACAGGCAGCCCCAGUCCCAACCCCAUCACCAGUCACAUAGUGACAGGCAGCCCCAGUCCCAAUCCCAGUCCCAUAGUGACAGGCAGCCCCAGUCCCAACCCCAGUCCCAUAGUGACAGGCAGCCCCAGUCCCAACCCCAGUCCCAUWGUGACAGGCAGCACAACAACAGCAGCAGUAGUAAGUCCAGCCGGACUUCCUCUAGUAAGAGCUCUGGCAGCACCAUCAUUCACAACAGUAGCAGUAUUACCAGUAGUAGCAGUGCUGGGACUGGCAUUAGCAGCAGCCUACCAGUGGACUCCACCCAAGCACUUAUAAUGCAGUCCCCACGCACAGCCCCACACCCUCCCCAGACCUCAGUCCCUCCCCCCUCUCCUCUCAUAGACAACAGCACUUUGGACAUCCAGAAGUCACUGUUCAGAAGCCCCCCCUGCUCCACCACCACCACCACCUCUUCCUCCCCGUCGGUGUCCCAUCCUUUCUACAUGAGCAGCAUAGCCUCUGAGCACCGCUCCCCGGUGCUGUCCGGCAGCAACACCCACAAAGCCAAACCCAAAGAGCUGGGCAGCAGCUCAGAGCACAGGAAUGUGGAGAGGAAUGGGGAAAGGAAGCGGAGCCAGUCCCCUUUAAAGACUUUGUCCUCUGAUAGACCAGCAGUACUACAGGCUCCUGCCAAAGACCCUGCGGACAAGCCUCUGGAUCUGUCAGCCAGAAUCCUGGAGUUGGAAGGCUCCCCCAACGGAUUCCCCCCAAAACUAGAGGCCUUGGCUAAGCUGGGCUACUCGCCCGCGGCUCGAUACGGCUUACCCCCCAGCCGGGAACUCCUCAAAGAGACCCUCUCCCCGUCAGGGGCUUCCUCCAAAACCCCUGAGRGGCCUGAGAUCAUUAGCACUUUACGCUCCUCCUGGGUGGUGCCCAGCCCGACCCCGGUCCACGACAGCUCCAGCUCAGACGCCAACCACAACAAAGACCCCUCCGUCAUCAAACAUAAAAACCUGGAGAACUUGUCUUCGCCGCAGCAGCGAAGCUCUUCCUGUCCCAGGAUAGGUGAGGUCGAUGGGGCUGUCGUCCCCAGCCAUGCCCCAGCUGUGGUAGCCCCUUCUGGGAGCCGACCGUCCUCUGCCUCCCCCUCUCCCAAGGUCAACGGUGAUUGGCCAAGAUCCUCCCCCAACUACUCUGAGACAGCCCCUUCUUCCAACAGAGUGGGCAGCCAUCCCUCUUCUGGGAAGCCAUUGAAACCCCUCAAGAAACCAGAGGCUCAGGAGAUGCCCUUCAAACCCCAGCAGCCGCCCCACUUAGACAACGGCCAUCCGUCCGGCCACCCCCCCAGCCACCUCUACCUCCCCCAGAGUGACGGCUAUCUGCCCCCUAGCCUAGCCUACGCUAACAGAUACCUGCCCUACUCGGUCCAGGAGAGCAUGUCCCUGCCCCACAUGCCCAUGCCAGGCAAAGGCCCAGUGUACCCCCACCCUGUUCUGCUGGGCAGCAGCAGCUUGUACCCACCCCGCCUGCCCCCCAAGCACGGCCUCCCGUACGGCAUCCCCCCCAGCCACGGGGACUACCUGACCUUCCAUGACUCCCAGGAGAUGGUCCACCCCCUCAUGUCCUCCCCCCACACAGGCCUGGACCUCAAGACCAGCGAGCGGCUGCAGGAGCUCAGGUCCAGGCCCAAGGAGAAGAUUUGGCAGCACCACGAGGACUCUGCCCCGGCCUACAAGAGCCAGACCCAGGCCCCAGACACUAAACACACCCGCAGGGGGGACAGAGAGACCGASAGGUCCACAGGCCUGGGCUCAAAGAGCCUCAACCACAAUCCCCUGACGGGAGCUAGAGAGGAGAUAGUCUGUAUCGACUUAAUCCAAGACGAUGGGGACAGCGACUCUCCCCUGACUAAAGCUGUCUCUCCAUGCKCUAAGAGAGGAGACCCUUCCAAACCAGUGGGUAGUGGGAGUAUCGGGAGAAACGAGGGGAGAGAGGCAGAGCUUCAGCACAUGCUCCGUACCGGCCAGGCUGUUGAACUCAGGCCAGGCCAGGCCCACAGGCAGGCAGAGCAGCAGCAACGCAGCCAGCUGUGGCUGGGCUUCCACCCUUCCUCCCUCCGUCCUGAGCCCCCAGCCCUCUCCCCCUGCCCUUUUCCCAGACAUGGGGAGGACAGCCCCAGCCCUGCAGAGAGCAGCCCCAUCUCUGACCUGCCAGAAGAGCAGACCCUUCGCUGCGCAAGGACUUCUGGAGACCGCACCUCUUGGGACCGUAGAGACCAAUCUUUAGAGGGCCUUAAGAGCAGGGACUGUACCUUUGAGGAUCCCACCUCUGUGGACCGUAGUUCUGGGGACCGCAGUUUCUGGGACCAUACGCAUGAGGACUGUACUUUUAAGGACCGCAGCUCUUGGGACCGUACACGUGUGGAUCGUACAUGUAGGGUCCGCUCUUGCGAGGACCGCACCUCCGCAGACCACUCUCCUAGGGAACGCACCUUGAACGAAUCUGGGUUUAGGAAUGAAAGGACCAUGGACCACUACUCGGACCUGGACAAGGACAUGCACACGGACACAGAGUCCCACGAGGGUGAGGAGUACGACGACCAAGGCUGCCCCAGGGCCAGGAGGUCCAGCCUGGCCAAGCGCAUCGCUAACUCCUCUGGCUACGUUGGUGACCGCAUCAAGUGUGUCACCACCGAGCUGUACGCCGACUCCAGCAAGCUGAGCAGAGAGCAGCGGGCACUGCAGAUGGAAGGCUUAACACAAGAGGACAGUAAAUUAAGUCAACCUGCUGCUUACUGUGAGCGUGCUAUGCUGCGCUUCUCUGAGCUGGAACUGAAGGAGAAGGAGGAGGAGGAGGAGGGGGCGGUGGAUCUUGGCAGACAGCCAGCGCGAGCGGAGAGAGGGGAUGGAGAUGGAGGAGAGGACAGGGCACGCUGCCAAGGCCCAGCCAGAACGGGCCAGGGGCCUCAGCCCUCACAGAUGAGGCUGAGAAGGACGGUGUGCAGCUGACGUGCCCCAACAACAGAGUGCCUGUUCUCCAGCGAUGCCCACACACCGAGGGCCUCCCACCCAGAGAAAGGGAGCAG